CAAGCUGGUCCAGGAUGUGGCUACUAGGUGGAACUCAAGCCACGACAUGCUCGAACGCUACCUUGAGCAGCAGGCUGCAGUUUUCUCUACAUUAACAGACAAGAGUGUCAAGAAGAACAUUAAAGACAUCGUCACUCUGUCUGAUGAUGAUGUGAAACUAGCUGAGGACGUGGUGCAGGUUCUUAAACCUUUGAAAACUGUGACUACCCUCAUGAGCACUGAGCAGAUGCCAACUAUUUCAAUGAUCGUGCCAUUGAAACACAGAAUCCUGGCCUCCAUGAAGCACAGUGUCUCUGACUCAACAGUAGUGAAAGACAUCAAAGCUGCUAUUGCACAUGACUUUGAGGACAGAUACCCUGAUUCGGAUAGGGCACUAAUUCAGUUUCAUCAUAUGAGCACUGUACUUGACCCCCGUUUCAAAUCUCUACCUUUCCUUGAUGAGACCACCCAUAACACAAUCUUCAAGAGUCUGACUGAGAGAAUUCUGGAAGAUUGUUCACAGACUGUUCAGGCCCAGACUUCAACGGAAGAGCAAUCAGAGACAGCCUCAAGCUGCAGUAACUGUCCUCCUCCAGCCAAAAGAGCACCAAUGAUGGCUGAACUGUUUGGAGACUUCUUUCCAAUGGAACAGGCAUCGUCAUCAUCCAAGCCUUUGUCUGCAGUGGUGGAUGAGGAGGUGCAGCAUUACAGAGCAGUGCAGAGCAUCUCAUUGGAGUCAAAUCCACUUAUGUGGUGGAAGGACAACCAGAACCAGUUCCCCCAUUUAGCCAAGUUCGCUAAAAUGUACCUUGGAAUCCCAGCCACAUCUGUCCCCAGUGAGAGAGUGUUUUCCACUGCAGGGGACAUUGUCACAGCACAGAGAGCAAGCCUCUCACCAGACAAUGUGGACAUGAUGGUGUUUCUGAAGAAGAAUUUUCAACUCCCUUAAAUCAAAUCCACAACGAGUUUGGUUUUCUUAAGAGAAAGAAGUUGUUUAUUUGUUUAAUGUUUACUUACUUGAUUUGUGGUUUACAGCACAGACAGUAAGCCUCAGUUACCUCAGUGUGAAAAAACAGAAACCAUUUAAUUUUCUUUGUAAAUGUAAGACUGAUUGAAGAAGACUUUUCAACAUGCUUGAAUCAUCUCCUCUAUGGACUUUA